CCGGUUUUUCCCAAAAAAUCCGAUUGGGCGUUCCUUCGGGCAUCCACCCGCCGUAGAGAGGAUCUGUACUGGAGAGGAAGGGGAAAGGCGGUUAACGAGUCCCAUCUUGGGCUUCCACCUUCCAUCAAUUAAGAUUUAAGAGUGCGCCCGUGUCCGAAGCAAUCUCCUCCUCCUCAUCAAACUUCGAUCGCUCUCCCGAUCGAUCCGGCCACGAGCCAUGGAGGCGUCGUCUUGGGACGCCCUCCGGAAACAGGCAAGGAAACUUGAAGCUCAGCUGGAUGAGCAGAUGAAUUCAUAUCGUAGAUCGGUUUCCACAAAACCUGAUGGUUCAGAGAAUGAUCUUGAAUCUGGAAUAGAACGAUUACUGAAACAACUUCAGCAUGUUAAUUCACAAAUGCAAACCUGGGUAUCUUCAGGAGGCUCAGAAAUUCUUUCACAUACAUUAACUCGGCACAAAGAAAUUCUGCAAGAUCUUACUCAGGAGUUUUAUCGGCUCCGCUCUAGCAUCAGGACUAAGCAGGAACAUGCAUCACUCCUUCUAGACUUCAGGGAUUUCGAUAGGGCAAGAUUGGAUAUGGAAGAGGGAGCUGGUUCUGUUGAUCAGGCUCUUCUUAAAGAACAAGCAGCUCUAAGUAGAAGUUCAGGACAGAUGGAUACUGUGAUAUCUCAAGCCCAGGCUACUUUAGGAACACUUGUUUUUCAACGCUCUACAUUUGGUGGUAUCAACAAUAAGAUAAGCAAUUUUAGCAACCGAGUUCCCACGGUAAAUCAUAUUCUCUCAGCAAUUAGAAGGAAAAAAUCAAUGGAUACCAUCAUUCUUUCCCUUGUUGCUUCUGUUUGUACAUUUCUUAUCUUGAUUUACUGGCUGUCAAAAUAGGGUGCAGUUUACAUAUUGAGCUGCAGUCCUUAUUAUAUUAAGAUUCUUUGUCACUGUGUUUGUUCAUCAGUAAGCUGUUUUGGUUUUCGAAAACUCAAAAUGCAGUCACAUCUUAUCUAUCUUCCUUUUGUUCCA